AUGCCGAUUGUUCGCGGCGAGUCCUCUCGAAGCGUUGCAAGCACCUCCGAAGCAACCCCUUCCUUCAGGCAAUACUCAGGAAACUCCUCUGUUCGCGAGUCAGAGAUCUCCCACUUUUCGCGCCUUUCAUCCCAGUGGUGGGAUGAGCAAGGCGAGUUUGGAUUAUUGCACUCCAUGAAUCCAGUGCGAAUACAAUUCAUGAGGGAGAAAAUGCAAGAAGUGAAGCAAUGGAAGGAUGCAGAGCUUGCGGUCCGCGAAGGUCGACGAGGGGAAGAUCGCCCGCUACCACCGAGGUUUCUGGAGGGACUCGACGUGCUGGACGUCGGCUGUGGUGGCGGCAUACUUAGCGAAUCUCUAGCCCGGUUAGGUGCGCGUACAACAGGAUUGGACGCUUCGUCAUCGAACAUCGCCAUCGCUAAAGUACACGCAGCCAAAGAUCCAGCAUUCAGUUCUGGGCAACAUACAUUACAAUACCAGCACGGUACGGCCGAAGGUGUUCGAGCAGAUGGAAAGACAUUUGAUGUUGUGACCGCCAUGGAAGUUGUUGAACACGUAAAUGCGCCUGCCGAUUUUCUUCGAUGUCUCGGUGACCUGGUCAAGCCCGGAGGACAUAUCUUCAUGUCCACCAUCUCUCGCAACGUUUUUGCGUACUUUCUAACCAUUUUCAUGGCCGAAAAGGUGAUGCGGACGGUCAGCCCCGGCACUCAUACAUAUGCACAGUAUAUCAAACCCGAAGAGUUGGUCGGUUUUUUCCGCGAGGAUGUUGGCUGGCACUCUCCUUCCUCACUGUCAGCAACACAGAAAGAUCUGCAGUCAACGCUGCCUGAGCGUCUGCGAUACGAGACGCGCGGUGUAGCGUAUCUUCCGUGGAAGAGUGCCUGGGAGCUUGGCCCGCGUGGUAGCGAGCUUGCGCAGCAAUGUAACUACUUCUUCUGGAUCAGAAAGCCUCUAUAA